AUGAUCUGCUUCGCCGCGUCGGCUGUUGUUGUGUCUUCGCCCCUGGUCGCCACCAGCGCGGCUGCAGCGCCAUCUCUCGCCGCGAGAGGACCUCGAGCGACCAUCGCUAGAAACGCUGCAAAGGACGGCGACAGCGUGCUCCUCCUGAGGCUGCUGCAGUCUGGAUGGCGGCCAGGCGCGGACCGCGAUCGCCGAGGCGCCACUGCCCUGCACCUCUCGGCGGGGCAUGGCCACGACUCUUGCUGUGAAGCGCUGCUGCCUUUGCUCGACGUCAACGAUCACACUCGGGAGGGCGCCACGCCGCUCCACUUCGCGGUCGCAGGGAUGAAGUCGCGGCGUGGGCGCGGCGGUCAGAACGGCUUCGGGACAGGCGGCCACGUUAGCACCGCGAGGCUGCUCCUCGACCGAGGAGCCGACCCAGCUGCUGUCACCUCCGACGGCAACUCGGUCGUCCACUGGGCGGCGUGGGCGGGCGGGACGAAAUUGCUCCGGCUGCUCUGCGAAGAGCACGGGCAGGCGGCAGCGGCGGGAGCGCCAAACGCGGCCUCGAGCGGUGCUCUCUCCUCGUGCAAGUACCUCGCCGAGAGCUGCGGGCUUGACUUUGGCGCUCCCAACGCCGAGGGCGCGACGCCACUCACAAAGGCGGUCGUCCAGUCCCGCCCGCCGGUGGUGGAGUGGCUGAUCGCCUCGCCGCACUGCUCGCUCGCUGACCUCCGCGAGGCUGCCGCACUGGCGAGCCGCCUCGAGAAGCGCCGCACCACCGCCGACGCGGCGCGCGUCGCCGCGUUGCUGCGCGCGUCGUCUUCACUGCGGUUGCGGGGUGGCUUUGCCCGCUGCAUCGCUCCCCGUCCGUCGCUUCAGGCCGCGGCCCCGCCACGCGCCUCUCCUCGUGCCGUGUUGCCCGACGCGCCUGAGGAGGACGAUGGCGUCAGUGCGCCGCCGCCCAGCGAGGGCGACGACCUCGGUGAUUUUGGCCUCCGUCGCGGCUUGGGCGUGGCGGUCGACGCGGUCCUGCCAACGAGGCUCGUGAUCGUCGCGUGGAGCGUCGUCAUCAACGUGUUUGGCGUUGCGUUUGGGUUUGUGCCGCCCACCGUGUUCUCCCAGUUUUGUGGGUUGAUGAGGCUGAGCAUGUGA